AUGGACUUAGACAAAGACAAUAUAAUGAGAAUGGAGAGGGAAAGACAGAAGACACAUACUGUAAAGAAGAAAUCUAGGGCUUUGUCACUAAAAAUGGAUUUGGGAGGGAGAAGAUGCCACCAUUCUGGUUUUGUGGGUAACUGGGGCAUCAUUGGUUCCUGUGUUUCUACUCACAUAGUGCAAGACCAAGGCCAUGAUAACUCAAGCAAACUCCAUGGCCUGAUGCUAGAAACUGGGUAUGUGCUCUAUGUGGCCUGGAUAGCUUGAGCCUCUGGCGGUUCCAUUUACCCAGAGGCAAAAGGCUACCUGCAACUGGAGGCUCUUCUGGGCCCCAACAAAGGCCCUGUAUUGCCUAAGGAAACAGUGCUCCUCUUAACAAGGUGCAAUCUUCACUUGUUUGCUAUGAAGGAUAAUGUUCCUGGAAAGGUGCUCCAGAGACCUUCCUAUUUAACCAGAAUACAAAUUAAAUUGUUAUGCAAUUCCCCUGCCAACACCCUAUGA